AUGGUGAGGGGGAAUGAAGACAUGGUGGUCGGCGGCGGCGAAGGGGCGGAGCCUGUCGGUCAGAAAAUCGAGGUUGGUGCCACAGUGGUGGCAGCCGAGGGGGAAGGUGGCGGUACAGGGGCGGAGCCCAGCGGCGGGGAUGCCACAGUUGGUGCCCCGGUGGUGGCGAUCGCUGGUGACCAAGGAGUGGCAGCAGCAAGGGGCUCCGGUAGCGGGGACGGGGGUUCGGGUAGGCCUCUCACCCUUACCGUGGAGGAGUUGCUUGUGGCUGCCGAGCGGGCGAGUGACGGGGGACCAGCUGACCUUGGGGGCGAGGAGGUUAUCGUUGGGCAGUUCAGCGAGACGCCGAUACUGAGGACGGCGACGGUGUUGGAGCCGAGGAGUGGGGAUAGCGGGAUUGGGUCCUCACGCCUUGUUCCUUUCAUGGACAGGGACUUCUUAGAGAGCGUGGAGCCUCGGGGUGUCUUGGACGCGCUCGGUCUCGACUUCGUGGUCGCCACGGUACUGAAGGACGCUAGCACGCCUGAGGACCGGGCUUCGGCGUCGCUUUUGGGGGCUCUGCUGAGUGGAGCGGGCUCGGAUUCCCAGGAGGCGGUUGUACCGGAGGCGGAGGAGUUGGGAGGGGAUAGGGUGGAUGCCGAAGCGGCUGCUGAGGUGCUGGUUACCGCGCCUGUGGGGAAGACGGCUUACGUCCCCGGCCGCGCCGACUAUCCUGAGGAGAUGCUCCUCCGGGAUCGAGCUUCACACAUCUCCUCUAGGUGGACUUCGCGCACGACGGACGUGUACGGCCACGGGGGCUCAGCCAGCUCACUGGCGCACUUCAGGGCCUUGCCUGAGAGGGUUCACUGGGACCGGUGGGCGGGGAUGGGGGCUGACUUCCUCCCGAGGAGCCGGGAGGUGACACGGAGCAGGGUCCUACUGGAGUGCCCUCUGGGCUGGCAGUGGUACCUGGGGGAUCGAGUGACUCGACAGUCACUCGGUCUUCCCGCGUUCGUGGUUCCCGGGCUGCUUCAUCCACGUGUGCAGAGGACUGAGUCUUAUACUCGCGCCGAGCUCGAGCUGUUCACCGUGCCGGACACGGAUCUGGAAAGGCACCUGCGACGCUUCUUGGACUAUGCUGCUUAUGCGGAUCGGUACUUGGCGAGGAGCCUCGGGGUGGAUGGGGAGUUCGAGAGACGGGUAGCUGGAGUGGGGGCUUGGAGGGACGAGGGCGGAGCGCCAAGCCGUGGUGGUCGCUCUACACGGGGUCGAGGACGAGGUGCUAGAGCCUCCGCUGGUGGGCGAGGUGCAGGCGUUGGAGGUAGGGGAGAGGGGAGUACGAGGGUCCCAAAGACCGGUGAGACUUCAGCAUCACCGGAGUUGCCGACGCUGAAGUGGACUAUAGGCGUGACGAGUUCGUCGGGCGCACGGGAGGUGAUCGACGUGCCACGUCUCCCACAGCCGCCGAUGCGGUUUCCUGCUCAGGUGCCGCGAGAGUGGGCUGAGCAGGCCGUGAUGCUGAUGGUGGGGAUGCGCCACCUGCUGAAGGAUUGCGCUAAGGGGAGGGUCCUUCAGACGAGACGUGCCCCUGUGACUGCUUCUCCUGCUGCCGCCCAGGUGCAGCCACGACGUUCAGCUAGGACGCGUCCGCGAGGUACCACGAGCCCUCCCGUUCCUGUCGGCACGCGAGGUCGGGGUGCAAGACGUGUGCCACGGGCUGCUGCAGGUGCGGGACGGUUCGAGGUUUUGCCUCGGGAGGCGUCUCAGCGGAGACCAGCUCGCGUGGAGCCGGAGGAGUCGGAGGAGGAGACAAAGGAGGGGACGGGGGAGUCCUCUGAGUCACGUGUCUUAGGGACGUCGGACUCGAGUACUGCUUCUGGCCCUUCCGAUGACGACGGUGACGACGAGCCCGAAAGUUCCGAGUCCGCGGGACCACAACAGAAGAGAAUUCGACGGGUCUGAGCCUCGGGUUUUGCUUUGCUAGUUUUACCUUGCACAUAGGCCUGCGUGCCAUCGUAGUAGUUGAUUUCAGGCCUGCGUGCCUCAGUUUUGUUCGGGCCUGCGUGCCCCGGUAGUCAGGAUUUGGGCGUGUGUUUGCCCCAGUUUUUGUACCUCCUUCUUCGCUCAUUGUAAACAUCAUGUUCAUUUAUGAGAAUUCACACUUUGUUCUUUC